AAUGAUCAAUUCUGCUUUUGUUCUCUUGACAGGAUAAUUGAAGCUAUCUGCAUAGGUUGGUUCACUGCAGAGUGCAUCGUGAGGUUCAUCGUCUCCAAAAACAAGUGUGAGUUUGUCAAGAGACCCCUGAACAUUAUUGACUUACUGGCAAUCACGCCAUAUUACAUCUCCGUGUUAAUGACAGUAUUCACAGGCGAGAACUCUCAGCUCCAGAGGGCUGGAGUCACCUUGAGGGUGCUUAGAAUGAUGAGGAUUUUUUGGGUGAUUAAGCUUGCCCGUCACUUCAUUGGUCUUCAGACACUUGGUUUGACUCUCAGACGAUGUUACCGAGAGAUGGUUAUGUUACUUGUCUUCAUUUGUGUUGCCAUGGCAAUCUUCAGUGCACUCUCUCAGCUUCUUGAACAUGGCUUGGACCUGGAAGCAUCCAACAAGGACUUCGCCAGCAUCCCUGCUGCCUGCUGGUGGGUGAUUAUCUCUAUGACUACAGUUGGCUACGGAGAUAUGUACCCUAUCACAGUGCCCGGGAGAAUCCUCGGAGGAGUUUGCGUUGUCAGUGGCAUUGUUUUGCUGGCGUUACCUAUCACUUUCAUCUACCAUAGCUUUGUGCAGUGUUACCAUGAGCUCAAGUUUCGAUCAGCUAGAUAUAGCAGGAGCCUCUCCGCGGAGUUCCUAAAUUAAUGCAUUGCAAAGCAAGUCUUGCGCACACCUUGUUUGGCGGAAAGAACUGAUGCUACUUCAUAUUCAUGUGCUGCUUGCUCGGUGAGCACCCCAGUGUAUUACUGUCAUCAUCGUCGUAGGAUAAAAAUUAUCCUUCCCAGCUGAAGGGAUACAACAAUGUAUUUAUUGUGGAGUAAACAGGAUUGAGACUGCAAAGGAAAAGUAAUGAUUUCUGGAGUUAAUUUUAGUAUCUUAUUUUAUUUAGACUUAUCUGCUCCUUGCCUUGAACAAUUACACUUUUUUUUUAAUCUUAAAGUAUAUUAUUUGAGCAUUUUAAAAUGGAAAGCUGCUAUUUUCCAAAUGUUUUUCUAUCUUAUAAAUGCAGAAGAAGCUUGGAAGUUAUGGUGUUUUUUGUUGGAGAGUAACAUUUUCUUCUCUAAAUGUUUUAUAAUCUCCCAUAUCAAUGUCAGAAGUAUCCUGGAAACAUAUGCCACAUGCAAGAACUGUUUAACAAAUACUUUAAAAAUUUGGCUGAAUGUUAACUUUAUAACGGAGCUACAUACAAGCAGGAAUAGCAUUUGGAAAACUUUUCCAGCGUAGUUCUCAAUUCUUGGAUUUAUUUUUGUUCCUCUUACUCACUUUAUCAUGCAGCUUCAUGGAAGCUUGAGUAUGUCCUCACUUUUUCAUUUUGGAUUUCUUUCAUAUCUUUGCUGAAAUGAGUAAAAAGAGUAUUUGAGAAUGAA